GCUGUAUUCAUCCACAAGCUUCUUCAUUAACACUCUGUUUCACACAGACCUCAUUAAUGGAUACCAAAGUUGCAGUUUACUGCGCAAUUGCAGCGGUCCUCGGAAUAAUAUCUGCAGCCACCGGUUUUGCAGGGGAAGCAACUAGGGUUAAGGCUUCUGAAGUCUUUAUCGUGCUUGAUUCAUGUGUUUAUCCAAGUAGUCCAGCACUUGCACUUGGAAUCAUAUCAGCAGUGUUCACAAUCAUUACACGAAUUUACAUAAGUGUUUCGUUUGGUGGAUCUGGUUGUUGUCGAAGCGACCCUAAUUCGACCCCAAUUUCAAAACUUCUUUUUGUAUUGUCAUGGGUAGCUUCAGUUAUAGCUGUGAUACUAUUGCUUACAGCUGCAGGACUAAAUAAUAGACAAGGCGGGCAGAUUGAUUCAUAUGGUUAUAUUACAUGUUAUGUUGUGAAGCCAGGAAUAUUUGCAGCAGGAGCUAUAUUAGCUCUGUUAAGUGCAGUUUUCGGGAUUGGUGCGUAUCUUACAAUAUCUUCAGCAACACAAGACGCUACUGGUCCUACAGGUCCACUCCCAGUUGGUGCCGGUGUUGAUCUCGAGAAAUAUCCUCAGCAAUACACCCCUCAGCAGUACACUCAUCAGCAAUACCCUCCUCAGCAGUACCCUGCUCAGCAAUACCCUCCACAACAAUAGAAAAAAUAAUGACCAAUCCAUCACACGAUCAGUUUACACACUUUUUUGAUUGUUUGCUUAUAUUCAUGAGUAGAUCGUAUAUAUAUGAAACUUUGGUGCAGAGAAAAAAGAUUUACAAAGGUUGUUACUUUGAAGAUAUUUACUUUUUAUGGGUGUGUUGAGUUUCUCGG